UCAGACCAAUCAAAACGCAGCACUUCACAUAAUGAGGAAGCAAUUUAACAACAACAGCAGCAAUGUUUAACUGUUGUGAUAAAGUUUGGAGUUGGCGUGUGAGGAAUGUUUUAUGUUGACAUUAUUUACAUGCAGCCUUAAAAACAAUAUUUUGACGUCCAUCAACAUGUGCACUACUCUCCAUACAUGUAUUCUCGUUGUCGUUUACGCGCUUGCUGUCGUCGCGAGAAAAAAAGAGAGACAAAACGUCCUUUUUAUAAUUGCUGACGAUCUGAGGCCAUCCAUGGGUUGCUAUGGAGACACAACAGUAAAGUCACCAAACAUUGACCAGCUGGCGUCCAAAAGCCAUGUUUUUCUUAAUGCAUAUGCACAGGUAAAAUUGUGUUGCCAAUUUAAACAUGCAGCAGGCUGUAUGUGCUCCUAGUCGCACCUCCAUGUUAACAAGCCGCAGACCAGACACGACCAGGCUGUAUGACUUCAAAUCAUAUUGGAGAGUUCAUUCGGGAAACUACACAACACUUCCACAGUACUUUAAAUCGAAUGGUUAUGACACCAUGUCUGUGGGUAAAGUCUUUCACCCUGGCAUUGCCUCGAACCACACGGAUGACUACCCUUACAGCUGGUCCAUUCCUGCAUACCACCCUGCUUCAUUCAGAUUUGAAAAACAAAAGAUGUGUAAUGGAGAGGAUGGUCACCUCCAUGCCAACCUGCUGUGUGCAGUGAAUGUGACAGACCAGCCUGGAGGAACACUCCCUGACAUGGAGAGUGCUGAUGAGGCGGUGCGGCUACUAAAGACUCGGGUUGAUGGCGUCCCUUUCUUCCUGGCCGUGGGCUUUCACAAACCUCACAUUCCUUUCAGGAUACCAGAGGAGUACCUGCGUCUCUAUCCUAUUGAAAACAUGACGCUAGUUCCUGACCCGGAUGUCCCCAAGCGCCUUCCACCUGUGGCCUACAACCCCUGGACAGACAUAAGAAAGCGAGAUGAUGUCCAAAAGCUCAACAUUAGCUUCCCCUAUGGACCAAUUCCUAAAGACUUUCAACUGCGUAUCCGCCAGCAUUACUACGCUGCUGUGUCCUACAUGGACUCCCAAGUUGGACGUCUGCUCAAUGCACUAGACAACUUGGGGCUGGCUCAGAGCACAGUAGUGGUUUUCACUUCUGACCAUGGUUGGUCACUAGGCGAGCAUGGUGAAUGGGCGAAAUACUCAAACUUUGAUGUGGCAACACGUGUUCCUCUUCUCAUUUAUGUCCCUGAGGAUCCUGCAGCCCUUAAAGGAUCUUCCUUUCCCUUUGUUGAUGUUUUUAGCCAAUCCCAACUCACCUUUAAGAAUUAUAAAUUUGUCGGCAAUAUGGUGGAGCUGGUUGCUGUUUUUCCAACAGUCUCUCAUCUAGCUGGCCUAGAAACACCUGUGCAGUGUCCUGAUAUUUCCUUGCAGACUGGAGCCUGCAUUGCCUCAGACUGGAAGUCUCUGCAGAGAGUGGUGUGGAUGGCCGAAAAGAUCAUCAGGACUCCUCUUCCUCCUAUCCAGGAAACCGCAAAAAGCCGCGGCCAGACCAAGUCUCAAAAAAUCUGCAGAGACUCCUCCCACCAAGGACUGUUUUCACUGCUGGACUCUAGAAAGAGGUUCCGCAGCCUCCGUAGCAGAACCUCCAGGUUCUGUAACAGCUUCUUCCCUCAGGCCAAAGAGUCUUGAACGCAUCAUAAUAAUCCCCCCCCCAAAAAUGAAUUAACUUGCUGGAAUAUAUAUAAAAUAUAACAUACAUCCAUAAACGUGGAUGCAUCUGCAAAAGUGCAAUAUAUUUAUACAGUAAUGUAUUUAUUUAUAUCUGCACCUUAUUGCUAUUUUAUCCUGCACUACAAUGGAGCUAAUGCAACGACAU